UCGUCUGCUCAGCAGAGCAGAAGCCUUUUUAGCGGCCAGCGGCCUGGUCAACAUGGCUUCUAGGUUAGGCAUAAAAGCAUUUUUAACAUUUGGUGCUGGUUGGUUUGCAAAUUCAGCCUUCAAUGAAUAUGUGGGGAGAAAAUCGAAAAGCCCUGAGUCUUUGGUUAUAGAUGGUCGAAUUGUAGAUAAAAGACCGGCUUUGCCUUUAUUUGGAGUUGUGUCUGCAGCAACACCUUAUGACACCAGUAGUGGGACUGAUGUAGCUUCUAGAGUCGGGCAGAUUAUGCAAUUUGGCUUCCCAAGCCUUGACAACAUUCGUUCAUUUGAUGACUAUGUUUUGUCUUACGACAGACGAAACAGAGUUGCAAACUGGGUAUUUGAACACUUGACACCCGAUGGGGUGAAGCAUAAUGAGGCUGUAGACCGAAGCAAGUGUGAUUUCAAGGAGGACUUAUCAAUUCAUCCCUAUUUCAGAUCAACCAAUGAUGACUAUAAAGGAAGUGGGUAUGACAGAGGCCACCUUGCAGCGGCAGGCAACCAUAAGGGUCAUCAGAAACACUGUGAGCAAACUUUCCUGUUAUCAAAUAUGGCACCACAAGUGGGAAGAGGUUUUAACAGAGACUCAUGGAAUCGUUUAGAAAGACAUGUACGCAAACUUACGAAGACACAUCCUAAUGUAUAUGUCUGUACUGGUCCAUUAUACCUUUCUCAAAAAGAGGCCAAUGGAAAAUCUUAUGUCAAGUAUGAAGUUAUUGGUAAAAAUAUGGUUGCUGUACCAACACACUUUUUCAAGGUGGUUGUAGCUGAAGAUGCCAAUAAAAACUUUAUGAUGGAGUCUUAUGUGAUGCCAAAUUCAGUAAUAAGUGAUGACACGCCUCUUACCAGUUUUAUGGUUAAACCAGAGCUAGUUGAAAAAUUGUCAGGGCUCCUUUUCUUUGAUAGAGUUUCUCGUGACAAAUUGCAAUUUAUCAAUGGCAAAAAAGCCUAGUAUCUACCUGGACUGACUUUCCCUUUUAAUGACAAUUGAAUGACUAGAGUUGUGUGAAGUUUGGACAUGAUUGUGAGGAGUGGGUGAGUAAAGGCCUGAAGUAACUUUAAAUUGAUCAAAUUGGUUGGUAAUAUUGUUUUGGAAAUGAUAUUUAUUGUCCAAAUAAUACAACAAUAAUUGUUAUAGUACUAAAGCAGGUUGUGGCUUUUAUGUACAAAGAACAAACAAAAAAUAUUUAGCUAAAUAAAUACUUUACAUAUGA